AUGGCUAUAAACGCGCUCAGCGCACGGCCGCGAGCGCCAUCGGUGAGCUCCGAAAUCUCUCGGUCUAAUAAGGGAGCUCACGUCUCUCUCGAUGUGUGUCGUGACGGUGACAACGAGGACUUUACAAACGAGACGAUGACGCUGCUAAACAAAGACGGCGAGAAUUCCAUGGAGACGCAAUCGACGCUCUUGACGAAGUCGGAAGAAUUUACGCCAGAUCAAAAGGAGAAGGCUGUCUCUACGGCAAAGACGCUGUAUGUGGCGCCAUCAGUCGUUGUCUUUUGGCUGAGCAUGUGGUUUAUGCAAAACAUUGGAGUGACGUUCUGGAACAAGAAGGCGCUUGGAGCGUUGCGCUUGCCUGUCACGCUCACGUUCGUGCACAUGAUAUGUAACACACUGGGUGCAUUUCUUUACAUAUACGUGUAUAAAGGCAUUAAGCGCAAGCAACUCAAGUCUGACCAGAAGCAGCUUAUGGUGUACUUCUCAGUUAUCUUUGUGAGCAAUAUUAUUACGGGCAACUGGAGUCUAGGCCUCGUAUCAAUCUCUUUCAAUCAAGUGAUGCGAGCACUGGUUCCUGCGGUUGUUGUCGUGCUCAGCAUGCUGAUACUUGGUAAAACGUACUCUCUGAGGCGAAAGCUAUCGCUCAUUCCAGUUGCGAUUGGCGUUUACUUGGCAUGUACUGGAGAUAAUUCAUGCACUUUACUAGGCUUCAUUAUUACAGUUGUGGCUGUUAUAUUUGCUGGUUUGAAGGCUGUUUUAUCAAGCAAGUUUUUAACAGGAGACUUGAAGCUCCACCCUGUGGAUUUGAUAUUGCAUCAAGCGCCUCUGUCUGCCUUUUGGUGCUUUAUCGCAAUGUUUCUCACCGGUGAAGCGAAUACGCUUAUGGAUAAUUGGGAAAUAGUACCAUCGGCUAGCUUUUGGUUUAUUCUAACCGGCAUGAUCAGCUUUAUGCUUAAUGUUACCAGUUUUAUGGCCAACAAGGUGACGUCUCCGGUGACGUUAACCGUAUGUGGCAACAUGAAACAAGUCGUUGUGAUCAUCAUGUCUAUUCUCAUUAAUCACGAUGUGAUCACAAUGCAAAAGGCUAUCGGAAUUGUCGUUGUAUCUAUGGGUGGCUCAAUGUACGCCUAUAUCUCGACAAAGGAAACAAUGGGUCAGUCUACACAAUCCACAUCAAUAAAGACGAAAGUGCAGACGCAAAAAAAUGAUGGGUAA